AUGGACGGCGUCCGUACCGACACACACCUCGUUCGUGACUUUGAGCGGGUGCGACGCAGCGAUGGCUGCCUCGUUGGCGGUAAAAAUUCCUCCCUAGGGGAGAUGAUCGGAGCUCUCUCAGCCAAAGGGAUUACCGUACCUCCCGGCUUCGCAACCACGUCCCAUGCAUACUGGCACUACAUCAACACCAAUGAGAUCCGGAAGCACCUAGCCGAGCUCAUAGCAGACUGGGAAUCAGGAAAGGCCCACCUCGCCGAGACUGGUCGAGCAAUACGAAAGCUAUUCAUUCGAGGUAGCUGGCCACCCGAUAUUGAGACAGCCAUCCGCGCCGCAUACCGCAGGCUUUGCACCAAAGCAGGCGUCGAAAACAUCAGCGUGGCAGUUCGGUCCAGCGCUACAGCCGAGGACCUCCCGGACGCCAGCUUCGCCGGACAGCAGGAAUCCUACCUCAACAUCGUGGGCGAAGACGCCCUCCUGGAAGCCUGUCGACGAUGCUACGCAUCGCUCUUCACUGAUCGAGCCAUCAGUUACCGGCAAGCAAAGGGCUUCGAUCACCUGCGCAUCGCCCUGUCCGUCGGCGUGCAGUGCAUGGUCCGCUCCGAUGCCGGCGGCUCGGGGGUAAUGUUUUCCAUCGACACUGAGACAGGCUUCGACAAUGUCGUCCUCAUCAACGCAGCCUGGGGCCUGGGCGAGAACGUUGUCCAGGGCACUGUCGAUCCAGAUGAGUACCAAGUCUUCAAACCUCUCCUCUCAGAUGGCUACGUCGUACCAAUCAUCGACAAAAAGCGCGGCGAUAAAUCCAUCAAGAUGAUAUAUGGCAACGACCAGACUCCCACGAGGAACGUGCCAACCUCCAAAGCUGAACGCGCCUCAUUGGUCCUCAGUGACACCGAAAUUCUCCAACUCGCUCGAUGGGCCUGUACCAUCGAAACUCACUACGGCUGCCCAAUGGACAUGGAAUGGGCCAAGGACGGUCUCACUAACCAGCUCUUCAUAGUCCAAGCCCGACCUGAAACCGUCCACUCGCGCCGUGACGCAACCGCGGCCUUCAAGACAUACAAGAUUGGUCAUAAGGGCUGCACCCUGACUACUGGACUAGCAGUCGGUGAUGCCGCCGUCUCCGGUCGUCUCUGUCUGAUCGAGUCCGCGCACGAGAUGGACAAGUUCAUCGACGGCUGCAUUCUUGUCACUGCAACGACCGACCCAGACUGGGUGCCAAUCAUGAAGCGCGCCGCAGCAAUUAUUACCGACCACGGCGGCCGCACCUCUCAUGCGGCUAUUGUCAGUCGCGAACUCGGCGUCCCUGCCAUCGUGGGCACUCAUGAUGCGACCUACGUGUUGCAUUCGGGGCAAGACGUGACAGUCUCGUGUGCCGAAAGCGAUCAAGGCUUCGUCUAUGAUGGCAUUUCAGAGAUUAUCACUCAGACGGUAGACAUGAGCGGACUCCUUGCCAGCCGAACAAAGGUGAUGCUUAAUCUGGCCAACCCGGCCGCCGCAUACCGCUGGUGGCGACUCCCUGCCGAUGGAAUCGGCCUGGCGCGGAUGGAGUUCGUAGUGACCAACGCCAUUCGAGUUCAUCCGAUGGCGCUGGUGAAUUUUGACCGGCUGCAGGAUGUCCAGGCCAAGGCAGAGAUUGAUCGAUUAACAACCGGGUACAAGCAUAAGCCUGAGUACUUCGUAGACAAGCUGGCCCAUGGCUUCGCGGCACUCUGCGCCGCGGUGUAUCCUAAGCCGGCGAUUCUGCGGAUGAGUGACUUCAAGACGAACGAAUAUGCAAGACUAGUUGGGGGAAAGGAGUUCGAGCCUAAAGAGGAGAACCCGAUGAUCGGGUUCCGGGGGGCGUCGAGGUACUACUCGCCGCUGUAUCGUGAGGGGUUUGCUUUGGAAUGUCGUGCUAUUCGGCGACUGCGUGAAGAGAUGGGAUUCACGAACGCAGUGGUGAUGAUUCCAUUCUGCCGCACAGCAGGCGAAGCGGAAAAGGUGUUGCAGGUUCUUGCUGAUAAUGGGUUGCACCGGGGAGAGCAUGGACUGCAGGUGUAUGUAAUGUGUGAGAUUCCGUCGAAUGUGGUUCUGGCAGACCAGUUUGCGGCUCAUUUCGAUGGGUUCUCGAUCGGCUCAAAUGAUCUAACGCAGCUGACGCUAGGAAUCGAUCGCGAUUCAGACGAGCUGGCGAAUCUCUUUGACGAGCAGGAUGAGGCAGUUGAAUCGCUGAUUGCGCAGGUCAUACGGGUGGCGCGCAGGGCUGGUUGCAAGGUGGGCAUCUGUGGACAGGCACCGAGCGAUCAUCCUGAUUUCGCGCGCUUCUUGAUCGAGGCAGGAAUUGAUUCCAUCUCGGUGAUUCCUGAUAGUUUUGUGAAGGUGAAGCAGCAUGUGGUAGCCAGUGAGUCGAGGAGGGAAAUUGAGAAACAGAAGGAUGAUAAGUCUGAUACAUGUGAUUUAUGGUGA